ACCCUGAGGACUCACGGGGGCUCCGCGGAGGUCUCCGGACGACCAAGGGAGCCCCCCCAGGAAUUCCGAGGGACCCCGGGAGCCAUAGGAUAUUCUGAGGAAUCACGGGAAGUCUACGCGGGUUCUGAGGGUCCUCGGAAGAUCACGGGAGCCCCACAGGAAUUCUGAGUCCCAGGGGAUCACAGGAAGCUCUGAGGCGGCCCUGAAGAAUCACAGAAGCCCCUCGGGGGAUUCUGAAGAAUAGGAGAAUCACCACCGGCCAUGGCCGACUUGAAGCUGCUGGUACCGGAGCUAAACGAGGCAGAGACGAUGAGCGCUGAGACGGCGCGUUUCGAGGAGCUGCUGCUGCAGGCCUCCAAGGAGCUCCAGCAAGCCCAGACAAGCAGACCAGAAUCUACACAGAUACAACCUCAACCUGGUUUCUGCAUAAAGACCAACUCAUCUGAAGGGAAGGUUUUCAUCAACAUUUGUCACUCUCCCUCCAUCCCUCCUCCCGCUGACUUGACCGAGGAUGAGCUGCUUCAAAUGCUGGAGGAGGACCAAGCCGGGUUUCGCAUCCCCAUGAGUCUGGGAGAGCCGCAUGCCGAACUGGAUGCAAAAGGCCAGGGUUGUACCGCCUACGACGUAGCUGUCAACAGCGACUUCUACCGCAGGAUGCAGAACAGCGAUUUCUUGCGGGAGCUCGUGAUCACCAUUGCCAGGGAGGGCCUUGAGGACAAAUACAGCCUGCCACUAAAUCCAGAGUGGCGUAUAUUGAAGAACAGACCUUUCCUGGGCUCUAUCUCCCAGCAGAAUAUCCGCUCCCAGCAGCGUCCUCGGAUCCAGGAGCUGGGGAACCUGUACAUGCCCGACUCCCCGAGACCUGAGAAAGGCCCUGAGAAGCCUCACCUGAACCUUUGGCUGGAGGCCCCUGACCUCCUCUUGGCCGAAAUUGACCUCCCCAAACUGGAAGGCCCUCUGGGACUGUCGCUGGAGAUCGGGGAGAAUCGCCUGGUGAUGGGGGGCCCCCAGCAGCUGUACCAUCUGGAUGCCUACAUUCCCCUGCGAAUCAGCUGUGAUGAGAGCAAGGCAGCCUUCCAUCAGAAGAGAAAGCAAUUGAUGGUGGCGAUGCCCCUUCUGUCGGUGCCUUCUUGACUGGGUGUCUCCUUGUGCUUCUACAUGGAGGGAAGAGGAUGGUGGCUUUCCUAAAAUUGAAAUAAAAGAUUUUUGCCUUU